GACAGUGUCAUUGCCAUUUUAAUUUGAAUUUGAUUUCAGUAAACAAAUAUGCAAAAGUACAUAUAAAGUAAAAAAUAAGUGACUAACAAAUAUUAUAUGGAUCAAGUAUAAUAGGGUACAUAUAUCUCAACGAAAGUAAAUGUUUGAACGAAAAUGAAAUCAGUAUUUAUAUGUAUUUUUCAUCAUUCCGUUUGAAAUUUUACUACAAUUAAAUUUGUUAUUUAAAACUUAAGGUGUACAUGUCAAGCUUUUAGCGGCAUUCAGCAAAUUUCAAGUCCAAAUGGAUACCUUGCAAAGCUUUCUUCCUCCUAAUAUGUUUGAAAAAAUCGAAAAGGCGGGAAUAGGAACACUUAAGUUACUCACACUCUCAGUUUUAGAUUUAAAGAAAGUUACAAACUUAACAGCAGAUGAUAUUGCCUAUUUAAAAGAUGCCAUUUCUAAUUACUAUAAACCACCUUGUAUUACAUGUGAUAAGUUAAUUGAACUUCCAAAAUUUAAGAAAAUAUCAACUGGUUGUAACAAUAUUGAUAAUCUAUUAUUUGGUGGUUUUGCUGCUGGUACUAUAACAGAACUAUAUGGUGAAAGUGGAUCUGGUAAAACUCAAAUAGGAUUAACAACAGCAGCAAAUAGUUGGCCCAAUAAAAGUGUAUAUAUCUGCACUGAAGACAUAUUUCCUGUAAAGAGAUUAAAACAAAUUACAGAUUCUUUUUCAAUUGUUAAUGACCAUUGUAAACUUAUAUUUGUGGAACAUCUCACUGAGCCACAUGAACUGUUUUCUUGCAUUAAAGUCAGAUUACCAAAGCUUCUGGAACAAAAUGAACUGUCUGCACUUAUAAUUGAUUCUAUUGCUGCACCUUUUAGAUGUGAGGGUACAAAUUAUAUGAAGCGAGCUGAAGAUUUAAGAGAGAUAGCGGUUAUGUUACUAGCUUUAGCUCAAAAAUAUAACUUUGCUGUUAUUUGCAUAAACCAAGUGACAGCAUCAUUUGAAGGAAGUUUGAAUGUUUUACCAUCUCUUGGAUUGGCUUGGUCUAACUUGGUGACAUAUAGACUAUGGUUGCAGAAACAAUCAGAAGACAUAAGCAAUGCUAUUUUGCUACAAAAAGGUAUUCAAAGUAACAACACUGUCAGAGAGCUCCGUGUAGUCUUUGCACCAGAUUUACACAAUGCAUCCACUGAAUUUAUAAUAACAUCAGAAGGAUUAAGAAGUAUAUAAUAACUUUUAAGUUACUAUUACUAUUUCCAUGUAUAUUAUAAAAGAUGAGAAAUGCUUUCAUAAAUGAAACAUCUGAGACAUAAGGUAACUUUUCAAUAAUAAAACAUCAUAAAUAACCAAUUA